AGGGAGGACUGCGGACGCAGAGGCGGUACGCUAGCGUGUACACUCUACGGGUUGAACGCCAGCUCCAAGACCUACAGGUACAAGGAGGAGGAGUGGCACACCGCGUCCCGGUCUGGGCAUUCCGCCGUUCUCUUGAGAAGCGAUACCAAGAAAGUUGGGUAUUCCCUCUACGUGUUCGGUGGACGGGAGUCUUCCACGGUUGAUGUGAUUGGACGCUGGGGCAGAGACAAAGUUCUGGAGAACACAGAGCCCAGUUCCCGACUUACGGAGCAGCUAGCGCAACUUCUGUCCUCCAAGGGGGCAAAACGCACCGAGCCCAAGAGCCUGAGGCACCAUUCGUGUUCCGUGGUUGGCCCGUUUGUGGUUGUAUUUGGUGGAGAGACU